ACACUGCGUCACACAUGCGCCCUUAUGGGUGAGAAUAAAAUCUCCCCGUUCAUUCAACACUAAUAACAUCAUUUCACCAGGCUAAAUAUGUGAGCAUCGACUCGCCGCUCACACCGUGGUGCCACUGAACGCAAACCUGACGCAUCCUCCGCAUCAAGACGCGCGCAACACGCACCACAGAUACUCUACAGGUGAAGCGACAUGGACGUGAAAGACCAGAGCGCACAAAUUGAGCCGCUGCUGCCGAUGGUAGUCACCGCUCCUGGAGGACAAAGUGUGAGACAUGAGGAGGAGGCUGUUGUGGACCAUGGAGGCACUCGCUCCAUGCCAAAAGAUGGCUUUGAGAAGGAGGAACUAGAAGGUCACAGGACUCUAUACAUCGGGGUUCAUGUUCCUCUGGGCCGGAAAACUCACAGACGACAUCGUCACCAUGGACACAAAACCCAGAAGAAAAGCAAACAGAGAGAUUCAGGGGUUGAGGAUGGACGGGAAUCACCAUCACACGAUACCCCAUCACAGCGGGUUCAGUUUCUUCUGGGUACUGAGGAUGAGGAUGAAGAGCACAUACCACAUGAUCUCUUCACUGAACUAGAUGAGAUAUGUCUCCGUGAGGGAGAAGAUGCUGAGUGGAGAGAAACCGCCAGGUGGCUAAAGUUUGAAGAGGACGUGGAGGACGGAGGAGAGAGAUGGAGUAAACCGUACGUUGCUACUCUCUCUCUACACAGCCUGUUUGAGCUCCGGAGCUGCAUCAUUAAUGGAAGCGUCAUGCUAGACAUGAAAGCCAAUUCACUGGAGGAGAUCGCCGAUAUGGUGCUGGAUCAACAGGAAGUAUCUGGACAUCUAGAGGAUGAUGUUCGGAAGAAGAUCAAAGAUGCUCUUUUGAAGCAUCACCACCAUCAGAAUCAGAAGAAACUGGCCAACCGCAUUCCUAUCGUCCGCUCGUUCGCCGACAUCGGCAAGAAGCAAUCUGAGACCAACUGCGUGGACAAAAACGGCACUUCAUCUUAUCUCUUUAAGUCUUCUCUGUGGCGAUCAGUUCAUUCUGAUGGAGAUGGGUGUCAGGUCUCACCCUGCUCUCCAUGUUGGCUCCUCUGCUGCUCCUCCAGUGUCUCCAUCACCUCACCUCUUCCCUCCUCAUCCACAUCCACUCACCCGUCCCACAACCUUAUCUCUACAGGUCCCACUUUCGACCUGAAAACAGAGGACAGCUCGGAUCCAGGACAGAUGAUUUCCCCACAGCCCCAACCCAUCACCACAGAAGGCAAAACUGAUGUCAGUCGUGAGAACAGCGCUGUAGACUUCAGUAAGAUAGAUCUGCACUUUAUGAAAAAGAUUCCUCCGGGUGCAGAAGCCUCUAAUAUUUUGGUUGGAGAGCUGGAGUUUCUUGACAGACCUGUAGUGGCGUUUGUCCGUCUUUCUCCUGCCGUACUACUCAAUGGUUUGGCAGAGGUUCCCAUCACUACCAGGUUUCUGUUCAUUCUGCUCGGUCCGUUGGGUAAAGGAGCUCAAUAUCAUGAGAUUGGCAGGUCAAUUGCAACCUUAAUGACAGAUGAGGUUUUCCAUGAUGUAGCAUAUAAAGCUAAAGACCGCAACGAUCUGAUCGCUGGAAUCGAUGAAUUUCUUGAUCAGGUCACAGUUUUGCCGCCGGGAGAAUGGGAUCCAUCCAUCAGGAUAGAGCCACCAAAAAACGUCCCGUCCCAGGAGAAAAGAAAAAUCCCGGCGGUCCCUAAUGGAGAUCUGGCAGAGACAGAAGAACAUGGUGGUCAUGGAGGCCCUGAGCUUCAGCGCACCGGGAGGUUAUUUGGUGGGCUUUUUCGGGAUUUGAAAAGGAAGGCUCCACAUUUUCUGUCUGAUUUCACCGAUGCGUUCAGCCUGCAGUGUUUGGCUUCGUUUUUGUUCCUGUAUUGCGCCUGCAUGUCUCCUGUUAUCACUUUCGGAGGUCUGCUGGGAGAAGCCACAGAGGGACGCAUAAGUGCCAUUGAAUCUCUGUUUGGAGCCUCUAUGACUGGGAUUGCUUACUCACUGUUUGCUGGUCAACCUCUCACUAUACUGGGCAGUACUGGACCUGUUCUGGUGUUUGAGAAAAUACUGUACAAAUUCUGCAAGGAUUAUGAGCUGUCGUACCUGUCUCUCAGGACGUGUAUCGGGCUGUGGACGGCAUUCCUCUGUCUUUUGCUUGUGGCCACCGAUGCCAGUUCUCUCGUAUGUUACAUAACCCGAUUCACAGAGGAGGCCUUCGCAUCUCUCAUCUGCAUCAUCUUCAUAUACGAGGCCUUGGAGAAACUCAUACAUCUCGGGGAGACCUAUCCCAUCAACAUGAACAACAAUCUGGAGAAAAUGACCUCAUACAGAUGUUCAUGUAUUGAGCCUGAAAGCCCCAGUAAUGGCACUCUUCAGUACUGGGAGAAGAACAACAUCUCUGCUUCUGAGAUCUACUGGGAGGCUCUGGAAGUUCAGGACUGCAUUGAGAAGAAAGGAGAGUUUUUGGGAUCUGCCUGUGGUCCUCAUGGUCCAUAUAUUCCUGAUGUCCUCUUCUGGUCCGUGGUUCUCUUCUUCUCGACCGUGGCCAUGUCAGCUUUUCUUAAAGAGUUCAAGACCAGUCGCUACUUUCCCACAAAGGUCAGAUCCAUCAUCAGUGACUUUGCAGUCUUCAUCACUAUUGUUACUAUGGUGCUGUUAGACUACGCUAUAGGGGUGCCAUCACCUAAACUGCAGGUUCCUAAUGAGUUUAAGCCGACUCGUGACGAUCGCGGGUGGUUCAUUAACCCGCUGGGUCCAAACCCAUGGUGGACGUGUGUGAUAUCACUCCUUCCUGCGUUUCUAUGCACCAUCCUCAUCUUCAUGGACCAACAGAUCACAGCUGUGAUCAUCAACAGAAAGGAGCACAAGCUCAAGAAAGGCUGCGGGUAUCACCUGGAUCUGUUCAUUGUUGGCGUGAUGCUGGGCGUCUGCUCUCUGAUGGGGCUGCCGUGGUUUGUGGCCGCGACCGUUCUGUCCAUCUCUCACGUGAACAGUCUGAAACUGGAGUCGGAGUGCUCGGCACCCGGGGAGCAGCCGAAGUUUCUUGGCAUUCGAGAGCAGCGUGUGACGGGUCUGAUGAUCUUCCUCCUCAUGGGCUGCUCUGUUUUCAUGACCUCAGUGCUGAAGUUUAUUCCCAUGCCGGUGCUGUAUGGAGUUUUUCUGUACAUGGGAGCAUCAUCUCUGCGAGGAAUCCAGUUUUUUGAUCGUUUAAAGUUGUUUGGCAUGCCGGCCAAGCACCAGCCGGACUUCAUUUACCUGAGACACGUUCCUCUGAGAAAGGUUCACCUGUUCACCAUCGUCCAGCUGAGCUGUCUGGUUCUCCUCUGGGUCAUCAAAACCUCCAGGGCUGCCAUCGUCUUUCCUAUGAUGGUUUUGGCUUUGGUCUUUAUUCGGAAACUGCUGGAUUUUUUCUUUACAAAGAGAGAACUGAGCUGGCUGGAUGAUCUCAUGCCCGAAAGCAAAAAGAAGAAACUGGAGGACGCUGAGCGAGAGGAGGAGCAAAGUAUUUUGGCAGAGGAAGAAGCAAUCGUACAAGUGCCACUGGAGGAAAAUUUCAAAGAUGAUCCGUCCUCUGUCAACAUUACUGAUGAGAUGUCCAGAGGUUCCUUUGGAAACACAUGGAACUCAAAAACUGAGCUAAACUCUAAAAGCUCUCUUUUGUGAUGAUCUGGAUACUGAGCGUCCAAAGCUUGUUUAAGAGAACGCACAACAAACAUCAAUAGAAAGAUGAAGGGAGAAGAAGAGCGUCUAACUUUACUGAUUUACUGUGUUACUGUCUCACACAUAUACUGUUUACUUGUUAUCCAAUUAUUAUUGUUUUGAUAAAUGAAAAAUUCACCCCAAAAUUACAAUUUUGAAUUAUGCUGCUGUUUUCCAUGUGACAUAGUGACUGCAUCUGUCAAUAAUAUCAUACACAUCUGAUAAAUGAAGAGUUUUGUUGCAAAACGCAAUAAAUCCAUUUUGACUAAUUUGGUAAAGUGACAGAGGAAAAACCAUUAUUUUCUGUUAUAAACUUUCACAUCUUUAGGUUAUAAUAACAUGAAAAUCAAUUAUGAAUUUAUUUUUAUAAGAUUUAUUAUAAAAACUGAUUAGUUUUUCUGCAAAAUGCAAUAAAUGCAAAAGUUUUUUUUAAAUGCUAUAAAUCCAUUAAUCUAUAUAAAUGUGCAUUCAUCUUUGCCAUGUAAUAUUCAUUUAGUUGGCUAGUGGUACACUGAUUAAAAAAUAAACAUUAAUGGCAUUCAUCAAAACACUUUGUCAUAUUAAGAACACUGUCAUUGCUGCUGUCAUUGGGACGUCGUUGCUGAACUUUUUUUACAGCGAUCAGCUGUAAAAUGUUUUGGUCCUGCUCGAUUUUCAUUGACUUCGAGUAAAAUAAUGGAAUGUUUUUCAUAAGUUCACCUGGAGUAAAUGUGUUAGCAUGACAGAAGCUUGAUGCCGUCGGGUGAGAACAAACAACAGCCGGCAUUUUUAAGAUUUUGAUGGCUUACGUUUCUUCCCCGCCACAGAAAACCACCACAGGUUUAGCAAUGCCAUCAAGGUAUUAUUUUGUUUUGUUUGUUUGUUGAUCACGAAGUACAAAGUAGAUGAGGAAAACUAGGAUUCUGUGUGUAUUCAAAGCCCAGCCAUUAUUGUUUACAAUGUGUGCAUGGAAUGGUGUGCUGUGAUUGGUUAAGCAGAUUUUUGCAUUCUGCAGAGAAGGAGGGCUGGCUAUCGUGUUUCGGAAAAAAAGAUGAUAGAAUAACAUGGCGGAUAUCGGAUUUGCGUAAAAUUAAGAAUUUACGUUUUAAUACUGACCAGAUAGUACAAUUUUUUAAUGGCGUUUAUCACGUUUUGGAAUCAAACUCUUCAAAUGUUCAUUUGAUAUUAUUCUAGUCUGUUUCACCUUAAAACUUUAUUUGUGCUUUGCUGAAUUUUAAAAUGCCAUACAAGUUGUAUAAAAUACUUCUAAUAAUGUUUAAAAGUAAUUUAUUUAUUUUUCUUUGGAGCUUGACAGAUAAAUAACAGCAUACAGGUUUGAACCAGCAAUGUUGCAAUGGCAAAUACUGUAUGUGCAUCUUUUCUCUUUUAGGAUGAUCACGUACUGAGUUUGUUUGUUCACACGUACAGUAUACACUUUAAUGCUUUUCUCAUUGUCUUGUCUUGUGUUUCUAUAUUUUAAAUUGAUUGAUAUACAGUAUAAUCUGUACAUUACAUAUAAAGUAAUACCAGCAAAUAGGGAAGAGAUUGAUUGUUUUCGUGUGACGAAAGAUAAUGUUUUCAACUUUUCUCUGUCUUUGAAGUAUCGUCAAUGUUCCGCAUAACUGCAUUUUAUGGAACAACUCUAAAAGUUUAAAUUAAUGUGUUUACUGUAGAUGUCGAAUGUUUGCAGAGUUUAUUUUGGGGUGGUAAUGAACUGCCUGUUUACUAAGUUAUACUGUAGGUCCACCAAAGGCCGAAGUGAUAUAUAAAAUAUAUAUUUUAAUAAUUUCACAGCUUUGUGAUAAUAUCUUGUGUGUUUGCUUGUGUAAUGUAUUUGCUUGAGUUUUUCUCCCUUGACACCCACUGUGUCCUCGAGGUUGCUCAGUCUAUAAAGACGCUUAAAUAAAUGGUACAGUACUGUAAAGCCUUGGUUUGGCUGCAUAUCAUCGAUAUGAAAUAAUUUACUGCAUUUUUGCAUUUAUGCAAAAAAGACUAUACAAAAUAUAUUACAACAGAUUUUUUUUAUGAAAGCUUUUGCAGUUUGUACUAAGAAUGCUGCUGAUGUGAAAGUGUAAAUAUUCAGUCCAUUAAUUUGGAAAUCACAUGAACAUCGGUUUACUGUCGGACCUGAAUGAUUGUUUAAUAUAUUUUAUUUAAAGCAAUUCAUUUUUUAAGUCAGAUUGCAUCUUCUUCAGUCACAGAAUAAAGCAAUAGUGUUUUAGCUUCAUAAAGGUUUCUGAAUGUUUAGAUCCUUGUGCAAUUAUUUCCAUUUCAUAAACCUGUAACAAUUGUUGCUCAAGCAUUUAUCAUGAAAUGUGACAUAUCAUAAACAUAAUUUAAUAUUAUAAAUGUAAAUGUUUCACUCUUGCUGUUUUGCUUAUUUGUAUCGUGUGGAUUAUAUGUGUACAUACAAUAGUGUGUUGCCAUUUUCCCCCCUGUAAUAUUUUAAUCAGUCUAUUAAAAGUUCUUAAAAAUA